UGGGCCGUACUGAAAAGGGAAGCCCACUUUCCUCGUUUUCACCCUUUCUUUUUUUUUUCCUCUUGUUUCCCUUAGGAAAAAAAAAAUCAAUUGAAGCACAAACGAACAACAGAAUCCUUCCUUCCCUACAAGCGAGGAGUCAGGUACCUCCAAAGAUAGAAAUCAAUCCACGCACCAGAGGACCUCCCUACCUCCCUCUACUGCUGCCGUUAUUUGAAGCUGCACCCGCAUUGCUGGAUCUGGAUGGGCGUCCAGGCGUCCGCUCCUGUGGCCGGAAGCUCGAUUUCCGGGCAUUGGAGUUUGAUUUCGUGGCGACCCUGUCGAUUUGGCAGUUGGGUGGGGGAUUGAGCUCGAUUUUGGCGGCGCGGAGGUGGAUCCUGCGCCAAGGCCCUCUCCGGCUCGCAGCUCCGCCGUACUGCUCCACAGCGCGGAAAAGCGGAUGGCGAUGGCGACCAUAGGUUAGCGGCCGUUCGCGGGGUGCUGGAGGCGGACUGCCGAUUGCCGAACUGGCGGCGGAGAAAUAUUAAAGGUGUUUCAAUUUCAAAACAUUUCUCCGAGCCUUCAGCUGUAUAUAGUAGAGGUCAAAAACCCAAGUGGCUUCUUAUCUACCGCCUCUAUUUAAUUUAUACGACGCCGUUGAUUUUUUUUCAUCCGUUUGACUAUUCGUUUUUUCUAAAAGUAUUUUUGCAAAUAGAUAAACGUAUAAAUUAAAUUUAAAUUUAAAGUACAUUUGACAAUAGACAUAAUGAUAUAUAUUUUACUUUAACUAACUAACUCGUUCAAUAACUCGUUCAAUAUCUAUAGAUAUUGAUGGUAAAAGUUGGAGUAAAAAGUUAACGGCGUCGUAUAUUCAACUAACUCGUUCAAUAGAUAUUGGUGGUAAAGUUGGAGUAAAAAGUCAAUGGUAUUUUAGAUAUUGGUGGUAAAAGUUGGAGUAAAAAGUUAACGGCGUCGUAUAUUUAACUAACUCGUUCAAUAGAUAUUGGUGGUAAAAAUUGGAGUAAAAAGUCAAUGGUGUUAUAUAUUUAAGAACGGAGGAGUAUCAACCAGUUCACAUGGUGAUGGUAGCAAGAUUGUAGAUGUAUAAAUUUUAUUCUAGGAAAUAGAGGGAUGGGCGAGUGCUGACAUUGCUAUCUGAUGAAAGGAAACCAAAUGAUAGUGAUGUAUUUUGUAUUCUUGUCUGUAUAGAAGCAAAUGUUGAAACGAGAACAUAUAUUAAAAAUUGUGGCGGAGUGUGGUAUGUGCGCCCCCAAGCGUGUGGACUUUGUUAAGGCUCUCAGGUCAAAGAAAUGAAGACGAAAAGAGGCGAAGACUUCAGAUCUGGUAUUGAUGCAUAUACGUAUGCAGCUCAAGCCAUGUCUUUCGUCCCCAUCUUGUCCCUCCCGUUGCAAACAGGGUUUUAAUGCAUCGUUGAUAGUUCAGUUUCCUUAACCACCAAAAGGGCUACAGGCAGCAUGUCUUCAGCAGGCUAUAGUUAUUUGUAAUUGAAAAUGGACUCUGAAGCUAGUACCCACAAUAUCUUGGAGCACAUGCUACUUAAUAGAAACACAGAGCCAACAGAUCUUCCUUUACCACUUCUAAAGGCAAUCACAAAUGAUUUCUCUGAUGAUCUGCAAAUUGGUAGUGGUGGGUUUGCGGUGGUUUACAAGGGACUGCUUGGAAAUGGUAAGAUGGUUGCUGUUAAGAAGCUGAAGAACACGCUUGAUAUGGAUGAAAAGAAAUACAACCAAGAGGUUGGUUGUUUGAUGAGAGUGAAGCACAAAAAUAUAGUUCGAUUUCUUGGAUAUUGUGCAGAUACGCAGGGGAAAAUGUGUGACUAUGGUGGCAAGUUUGUCAUGGCAGAUGUACGACAGAGGUUGCUCUGCUUUGAGUAUCUUCCUAAAGGGAGUCUUCAUGAAUUUAUAACCGACGCAUCUGGUGGUCUUGAGUGGAAAAAGCGCUACCAAAUAAUCAAGGGAAUUUGUGAUGGCUUACAUUACCUUCAUGGUGAGCGUAUUGUUCACUUAGAUCUCAAACCAGCUAAUAUACUGCUGGAUGACAAUAUGGAGCCAAAAAUUGUUGAUUUUGGUCUCUCCAAGUGCUUUGAUGAACAGCAAAGCCGAGCUAUCACAUCUCAACUAUUUGGAUCAAUGGGAUAUUUGGCGCCAGAAUCCCAUAGUCAUGUGAUGACAUUCAAGUCUGACCUAUAUAGUCUUGGUGUUAUAGUCCAAGAGAUACUGACAGGACAAAAAGGAUAUUCUGAAGUUGAGAAGGUACUUGAAAGCUGGACAAGCAGGUUGGAGAUUUUAUCAAUGACACAGGUGCUGUUGGAACAAAUACGAGUCUGUGCUAAAAUAAGCAUAGAUUGCAUGGACCCGAACCCAGCAAAAAGACCAGAUAUACAGCAAAUAAUUGAGAUGCUUGAUGUAGCAGAAUGUACCGACGAGUUAUCCAGAACUGGCAUGAAUGCAUUGUCAGUGGCAGAGAGAAGCCUUGGGUACAUUCACACUGAUUUGAUCGAUGUCUAUCCCAUGGAGCUCCGCCUACCAUUCAAACCAAACAAACACAUCCAGUGCACAGUAAGCCUAAUCAACAAGACAGAAGAUGAAAUUUUCUUUCUUAUUAUCCCAAACAACUCGGUGAGGUACAUCUGCGCAAAUGAAUGCUAUGUGUUGCCACAUUCCACUUGUGUUUUCUAUGUUGCAAUUCAAGAGCAACUGAAGCCACCUUCAGAUAUGGAUGGACUUCAAAUCCUGUACAUGAACACCUGGAGCCGGAAUCAUAUCCCAAAGCACAUCGAUAUGGAUAACCACUCAAACACCACAAUCCUGCUGGACAAUCUGUGUGGACAGAUCAGAGAGAAAGGAGGCGAAGCACACAAGGUGCCUUUGAAUUUGACAAUAAACUGUGACCCGGAUACAGCAAAUGGGAAAGGAGAGCCACAUGUUGCUCCGAGAUUUCCCUUGUUUACUAUUGGAGGUCUGAAAUCUAUAGAUGUGCACCCUACAAAACCAUGGAUUUUGACCGGUCAUGCCAAAGGAGUUUGCAUUUCAAAGAAAAACCUGCAGUCAAACACAUUUGAGACAUUCCACAUUAUAACAGAGGGUAAGCGUCGUUACCUCUCAGUGAAGUUUAUUGCAAGACAACAAUGGGCUGUAUCAGGUGAUAGCCGGGGGACAAUUCACGUGUACACACAUACUGAUGAAUUAGAAAAUGUUAAGAUAAUUGAUGCUCACAGCGGAGCAGUAAGAUCACUGGCAGUUCAUGCAACUCAACCUUAUCUUCUUUCCUCGGCUGACGACCAUCUGAUAAAGCUAUGGGACUGGGAUAUGGGCUGGGUUUGUACUCGGAGUUUUAAGAGAGACUUGUACGAUCUACAUCAGGUGACCUUUAAUCCCAUGGACACCAAUACUUUUGCUAGUGUUUCUGCAAGCUUGGAACCCAAUUUUCCUGCCAGCAUUAAGUUCUGGAGCAUUAAUUCAGCGGAACCUACAACUGAAUUGAAUAGAGUUUACGGAAGUCUUGUUGCUUUCUACUUGACAGGUAGUGAUCAGCAGUACAUGGCCAUUGUCGGGACAGGCGGGAAUAUAACGAUCUUGGAUGUGCUGUCAAGGACAGCAGUUCACACAUGUAAAUCAGAUCAGCAUAGUUACAGUUCAGCAACUGCUGUCGCCUGCCACCCAAAGUUUCCCUUGUUAGUUACCGGCACAAAUUUAGGGGCGAAUCGUGGGGGUGUCUUUUUGUGGAACAACUCUACCUAUAGGCUUGAGAGAGCAUUUCAGUUUGAAGAUGAGGUUAAAGGUUUUGGAUUUACCACUGUAGAUGGCUCUGAAUGGCUUGUAAUCGGAUUUCGCAAAACAAUACAAAUGUUGGUAAUAGAUUUGCCAACAUUGACAGGUCAAAGAUAGAGUAGCUGGUUAAAGUACAGAUCUAAGACUUGAUUGGAAGGCAACAAUUGUGAUUAGGGAAUUGACUGCAUUCUUUACGUGGAGCCAGAAUUUGGUUUGUUUUCCGCAA